AUGGAGCCCCCGGCCGUCCCCUCAGAGAGGAGCCUAUCUCUGUCUCUGCCCGGGCCCCGGGAUGGCCAGGCCACCCUGAAGCCGCCCCCCCAGCACCUGUGGCGGCAGCCGCGGACCCCCAUCCGUAUCCAGCAGCGCGGCUACUCGGACAGCGCGGAGCGCGCCGAGCCCGAGCGGCCGCCACACCGGCCCAUAGAGCGCGCCGACGCCGUGGACACCGGCGACCGGCCCGGCCUGCGCACGUCCCGCAUGUCCUGGCCCUCGUCCUUUCACGGCAGCGGCAGCGGCAGCGGCAGCGGCAGCGCGGGCGGAGGCAGCUGCAGGCGCUUGGAGGCGGAGAAUGGGCCGACGCCAUCGCCAGGCCGCAGCCCCCUGGACUCGCAGGCGAGCCCGGGCCUCGUGCUACACGCUGGGGCGGCCACCAGCCAGCGCCGAGAAUCCUUUCUUUACCGCUCAGACAGCGACUAUGACAUGUCACCCAAGACCAUGUCCCGGAACUCGUCGGUCACCAGCGAGGCGCACGCAGAGGACCUCAUCGUGACACCGUUCGCCCAGGUGCUGGCCAGUCUCCGGAGCGUUCGCAGCAACUUCUCCCUCCUGACCAAUGUGCCCAUUCCCAGCAACAAGCGGUCCCCGCUGGGCGGCCCAACCCCCGUCUGCAAGGCCACGCUAUCAGAAGAGACGUGUCAGCAGUUGGCCCGGGAGACGCUGGAGGAGCUCGACUGGUGUCUGGAGCAGCUGGAGACCAUGCAGACCUACCGCUCUGUCAGCGAGAUGGCGUCCCACAAGUUCAAGAGGAUGCUAAACCGUGAACUCACACACCUGUCAGAGAUGAGCAGGUCAGGAAACCAGGUCUCUGAGUACAUCUCCACCACAUUCCUAGACAAGCAGAAUGAAGUGGAGAUCCCAUCACCCGCAAUGAAGGAUCGAGAAAAACAGCAAGUGCCACGGCAGAGACCUUCCCAGCGGCCUCCGCCCCCUGGGCCACAGUUCCAGCCGAUGUCUCAGAUCACCGGGGUGAAGAAGCUGAUGCAUAGCAGCAGCCUGAACGAUUCCAGCAUCCCCCGCUUUGGGGUGAAGACCGAUCAAGAGGAACUCCUGGCCCAAGAAUUGGAAAAUCUGAACAAGUGGGGCCUGAACAUCUUUUGCGUGUCGGAUUAUGCGGGGGGCCGUUCCCUCAGCUGCAUCAUGUACACGAUAUUCCAGGAGCGGGACCUGCUGAAAAAGUUCCGCAUCCCGGUGGACACGAUGGUGACAUACAUGCUGACCCUGGAGGACCACUACCACCCCAGUGUGGCCUACCACAACAGCCUGCACGCGGCUGACGUGCUGCAGUCCACCCACGUGCUGCUGGCCACACCUGCGCUGGAUGCCGUGUUCACGGACCUGGAGAUUCUCGCCGCCCUCUUCGCAGCUUCCAUCCAUGAUGUGGACCACCCUGGUGUCUCCAACCAGUUCCUCAUCAACACCAAUUCUGAACUGGCGCUCAUGUACAAUGACGAGUCGGUGCUGGAGAAUCACCACCUGGCCGUGGGCUUCAAGCUGCUGCAGGAAGACAACUGCGACAUUUUCCAGAACCUCAGCAAGCGCCAGCGGCAAAGCCUGCGCAAGAUGGUCAUCGACAUGGUGCUGGCCACGGACAUGUCCAAGCACAUGACCCUCCUAGCUGACCUGAAGACCAUGGUGGAGACCAAGAAAGUGACCAGCUCGGGGGUCCUCUUGCUGGAUAACUAUGCCGACCGCAUCCAGGUCCUACGGAACAUGGUGCACUGUGCAGAUCUCAGCAACCCCACCAAGCCGCUGGAGCUGUACCGCCAAUGGACCGACCGCAUCAUGGCCGAGUUCUUCCAGCAGGGUGACCGUGAACGCGAGCGUGGCAUGGAGAUCAGCCCCAUGUGCGACAAGCACACGGCCUCAGUGGAGAAGUCUCAGGUGGGUUUCAUCGACUACAUUGUACACCCGCUGUGGGAGACGUGGGCUGACUUGGUUCACCCAGAUGCCCAAGAGAUCCUGGACACUUUGGAGGACAACCGGGACUGGUACUACAGCGCCAUUCGGCAGAGCCCAUCGCCACCACCCGAGGAGGAGCCUGGGGGACCAGGCCACCCCCCUCCACUGGAUAAGUUCCAGUUUGAGCUGACGCUGGAGGAGGAAGAAGAGGAGGAGGUGUCCACUGCCCCAGGUGCAACUGAAGUGCAGGAAUUGUCCACCGCCCAGGAUGUGUUCCCGGCUGAGGAACCAUUGGAGGUCGAUGGCCAGGACCAGUCUACGGAGGCGGAGGUAGAGGAAAUGUACUUGACCCAGCAAGCAGACUCAGCAGAUAGUGUGGCUAAGGGUCAGGACGCGUCCAUGCCCCCAGAUGCAUCUGUAGGCUGCAGCAGCCCCCCUGCCCUGUCUCCUGAGAGCCUCCUUCUGCCUGUCUUGAGGACCCCGCCCCCUCCAGAGGAGGACCCGGGCCUUCUGGGCCUCCCCUCCAUGGCGGCCGAGGUGGGGGCCCAAAAAGAGGAUCAGGCUGCCAAAAGGGCGUGCUGUGCCUGCACAGGAACAUCGGGCGAGGAUCCAUCCACACUCCCAGCUCCUGGAGGGUGGGGGUCAGCUGGAGGCCCUACCUGAGCCUCAGCCUCUACACCCCAUUGGCCUCCCUGCCUCCCGCCACCACCAUCACCCCCCCACCUCCUCCACUGCCUCAAAGACUCUUGGGCCUCCUGAGAAAAAAGAAAACAGAAAAGUGGGGUUUUUUCUCUUUUCUUUUUUUCCCCUUUCCCCCCACCCCCUCUCAUGGGGCCUCUUUUUGGAGGUGGGGGCUGGGGAACAAGGGGCUGAGGUCCCCGAAGGGAUUUUAUUUUUGGAAUUUUAAUUGUUACAUUUUUAGAAAAAAAAACAAAAAAAAACAAAAAAACCCAGGAUGAAACACAGCAACUGUAGAUGCUCCCGUUCCCAGCUCCCCUCGGCCAGCUCCAACCCCCUCCCCCAGCUCCCUCCUCCCCCCCCACCCCCGCUUCCCCCCUCCCCCACCCCCCAGGUUCCAGGCUCAGUCUUCCGGCCUCUUCGGGCUCUUCACCUGGUGUAGGGUCUCCCUCCAGACUUUUCUUCUGAAUUUGGGAGGGUCUCUAGAACCCAGCCAGGAAUAGCCAUUCUGGGCGGGGCCUCUGGGGGCGGGGAGGGGGCGCCCCAUUAGCUCUCUGCCGUCCCCCCCAGAAGUCUUCAGCCUCAUUUUGCACAAACCUGGCAAUACUGACUUGGGGGACGGGCAGGGGGGAGACGGGGAUUUUAAGGAUGCAGGGGUAGGGUGUUGGAGGGACAUUCACACCACCCACCUGGGGUCUGAGGUUUGAGGAGGGCGUGAUCCACCUCCCCCCUCCACCGGCCACCCCUUUCCCCUUUCAGUCUGGUUUCCGUUUGAAUUUUCUCCGUUUGCGGGGGUGGGGGAUGGCUUGGAGCCGCACCCCUCCUUCCAGCUGCUUCUCCUCUUGUUUCUGCCUUAAUGAUUCCCACGGCCAUAGGAGAGGGGGUUGCAGUGGCUCCCACCUGCACCUUGGGUGGAGUAAGGCCAGGCCCAGAGUCCCCAUCAUGGGCACAGCCCCCUCCCCAGCAUCCUCCUGUCCCCCUCCCCGACUCUUUGCCCUAGGAGGAAGCAAUAACGGUGUACACCCACGUCCCCUUUCUGGGCAGCCCUUCCCACCCUGGCAACCAAGGUCAUCUCUCCUUUGCCCGCACCUUGCCAAGCCUCCCCCUCUACCCCUAGCUCUUCCCCCAAGCAAUACGACAGACAGAUGCAAGGCCAUUUUUCUCCAAGCCAUGGGGGGGCUGUUUGGAAAGAAAGACCCCCUCUUCCCGUUCCGCUCUGCCCCUCAGCCUGGCUCUGCAGCUGGGCAGGACCGGCCUCUCUCUCUCAUUUCUCUCCCCUCCAGUUCGGAGCACACGGUACUGUAGCCCCCAGCUCCCCCCAGCCUUCCAUCUGUCUGUCCUUCCCUGUGGGGAGUACCACCCGCUCCCACCCCCACGAUGCUGUACAGGGUUCAUUUUUGUAGCGAAAGUAGUUUCAGACCCAGCUGGCCACCGGAGUGGGCCUUUUUUUUUUUUUGGUUUUCCUUCUUUCUUUGUUUAUUUUCUUUCUUUCUUUUUUUUUUUUUGUACAUACUGUAAGGUUGGUUUGUAAGUUAUUCUACAGAGGCAAAAAGGGAAAAUAAACUUGCCCUUCCCCCGCUGACUCAGGGGAAGGAGGGGUUGAGGGUCUCCCGAUGGGAGUCUCCAUUCCUGCUGUAUUAUACAAACUGUACCAUAGACCCCAGAAGUGUGGACUCAGCACUGUUGUUGAACGGCGAGUCAUGUCAUCAGAGGGGGUGAGGGAGGACUGGGCAGAGCCUGCCCCUCCCCCGGCCCCAGGGCCAGGAGUGAUUGGCAACUGGGGACAGGGACCCCGGGGAGCGGGGUGGGGGGGAGUCAGUACCCCCUCGAGCUGCUCGAGUGUUGUCCACUUUGAUGAUCAGUCAGUCGGUCUGCUGAUCGAUACUCAAUCCUUCGAUCUU